AUGGUUGGAAGCAAACGCACUAGGAGCAAAACCGCCACGAUGGCUCAAUCCGUGACGGCCCGAAGCCACUCCACCCACGAUCCCACGAUCGACAUGGUGGCACCACCACCUCUCGCCACCGUGCCACCUACCGGACCCGCGGCCGGAUCUAGAAACCUCCGUGGCACCGCCGCUGAACAUGGUGGAACCUCCCAUCAAGGUGGGCUCGUUACCACCACUGACUUAGGCCCGGUCUUGGAGCAACUUCAAGCGUUCCCUUCAUUGCCUCCACGCUCGACGCACGCUCUCGGGUACACCUCCAAUGAAACCCUAGCACGUGUGCAAUUGGGCUCCACACGCUUCUCUCCUCCCAAUCCACAAAGUCAAGCAGAUUUCAACCUGAGAGUUGACCAGCUAGCUCAGAUAAUGGACGACCAAAACGCUCUUAUGAGGCAGCUCCUCAACCAAAUAAGCGUGGCUCAAAAUCUUGGCCUUCAACAACCAGCUAGCUCAAAUAAUGGACGUCCGUGCUCGCCUGGGCUCGCAGGGAAAUGUACUUCAAAGGCUCGGCUCCCAGGGAGGUCAAACUGGCAAUCGCCGCAAUGA